AUGCGGAUGUUCGACCUACCAAACGUAAAGAAGACUGCUCGCAGCGACGCCAACACCGUCGUGGACUCCCAGGCAAGAGUGCACGGGCUGGAGGGACUGCGCGUGGUCGACGCGUCCAUCAUGCCCAACAACGUCAGCGGGAACCUCAACGCGCCGACCAUCAUGCUGGCCGAAAAGGCUGCCGACAUGAUCCUUCGGCAACCCAGCGCUGCCCACGGUCGACCGAUGACGACGUCUACCGGUAUCCCGACUGCGCAACUCAUGACUGGGUUGGCCCCCAUCGGGCAACGGCAGUUCCAACCCCUGCUGUCCAAGCUGCAGCGCCCUGACCUCGUGCGAGCGCAGGGAUUCAUCGGCGGCCAGUGGGUUGAGGCAGUUGGCAACGAACAUUUCACCGUCGAGGAUCCCGCGACGGAGCUGGAAGUCGCUCAAGUCGCGAGCAUGAGGGCGGAAGACACUCGCAAUGCGAUUGCAGCAGCUGUGUCGGCUCAGCGCCAAUGGAGGAAGACCACUCCACCGGUCAGGGCAAAUCUGCUGAAGCGAUGGGCGGCUGCGAUCACCGCUAACAGCGAGGACUUGGCGAUUAUCGGAUCUGUCAAACCGCUGGCCGAAGCCAAGUGGGAAAUCGAGUUCGUGGUCGGUGUGCUCGAGUACUUCGCCCACGAGGUCGUGCGCUCGAGCGGCUUCGUGAUCCCCCCAAGCGAUCCGAGCCAAAAGAUUCUCGUCACGAAGGAGCCCGUGGGUGUGUGCGGUAUCGUGGUGCCUUGGAACUUCCCCUAUGCGAUUCUGGGUCUGAGUCUGGGCCCCGCACUCGCCGCUGGAUGCGCCAUCGUGGUCAAACCCGCAGGCGAGACGCCACUGUCGAUGCUCGCCUUGGCCACGCUCGCGGAGGAGGUGGGGUUCCCCCCUGGAGUGCUCAACGUGGUGACUGCCCCUCGAGAGAGGUCGGAGGAGAUCGGCCGCGUGCUCACGUCGAGCCCUGAAGUGCGGAAGCUCACGUUUGCGGGCUCGACUUCAGUCGGCAAGUGGCUCAUGCGCAAGUCGUCGAGCACCCUCAAGCGUCUGUCGCUGGAGCUGGGCGGCAACGCGGCGUUCAUUGUGUUCGAAGACGCCGACCUGGACAAGGCCGUGGAUGGGCUGAUCAAGAGCAAGUUCUCCAACACGGGCCAGGCCUGCAUCGCCACCAACCGCGUCUUCGUCCACUCUUCCGUCUACGAGUCGUUCGCUGCCAAGGUGGUGGCGCGAGUGAAGCGUCUCAAGAUGGGGCUACCUCUCGAAGAGGGCGUGCAGCUGGGCCCGCUGAUCGGACUCUCAGCCGUCGAGAAAGUGGCCGGCUUGGUCGAAGACGCGGGGGCCCACGGCGCCAAGGUGCUCCUUGGAGGGAAGAGGAGCGACCUCGGCAAGAACUUCUACGAGGCCAACGUGCUGGCCGACGUGAGCGAGGCCAUGCGCGUGUCGCGAGAGGAGAUUUUCGGCCCAGUGGUGCCGCUGUUCGAGUUCUCGAGCGAGGAGGAGGUGGUGACCAAGGCCAACGACACGGCCGCUGGACUGGCUGGGUACUUCUUCUACACUCGAGACGUGGCCCGCAUCUUCCGCGUGGCCGGCGACUUGGAGUGCGGCAUGGUGGCCGUGAACAGCGAGCUGGUGACGCACGUUGGGGCUCCGUUCGGCGGUAUCAAGGAGUCUGGCCUCGGUCGCGAGGGGUCGGUUAAGGGGCUGCAGGAGUACCAGGAAACCAAGAUGGUCUGCAUCGGUGGGCUCAACUGA